CCGUGAGUAGGAAAAAACAUCUGCCCUGGAAAAAGAAUGAGGAGCUUUGAGAAUAUUUCAUUUUUCAUUCUUUGCCUUGUGGGGAGUGUAUCCUGUUCCAUCAGGGAAUAUUACAUUGGGAUCAAGGAGAUUGAAUGGAAUUAUGCUCCGAGCGGGAAAAACUUAAUUCUGAACACAACCAUUGAGGAAGAUGAGCACGCCGCUGAGUUCCUCCUGCGCGGGGACGUCCGCAUCGGGCCCGUCUACAAGAAAGCGGCCUACUUCCAAUACAGCGACGGCACCUACAAGCAGGAGGUGGGCAAGCCGGCGUGGCUGGGCUACCUUGGGCCAAUCAUCCUGGCGGAGGAAGGCGAUACUGUCAAAGUGCACCUGAAGAACAUGGCUACGCGCUCCUACUCCCUGCACCCGCACGGACUGACGUACGACAAGGCCAAUGAAGGCGCCCCAUAUCCUGACCACACAGAAGGAGCUCUGAAAGCCGACGAUCACGUCAAACCCGGGCAGAGUUAUGUGUACGUCUGGAAUCUGACCUCAGACCACGCACCCUCCAAAGAUGAUACCAGCUGUUUAACACGGGUGUACCACUCGCAUGUAAACGCUCCCAGAGAUAUCGCCUCUGGGCUUAUCGGCCCACUAAUCAUCUGUAAAAAAGACACCUUGGAUGUAUAUGGAGACCAGACCUCAGACAACCUCUAUGUCCUGAUGUUCACCGUGGCUGAUGAGAACCUGAGCUGGUACUUGGAUGAAAACAUCAAAACGUACUGCAAAACACCCAAGAAUGUGGACAAGGACGACGAGGCCUUCCAGGAGACCAACAGGCUGCACUCAAUCAACGGCUACAUGUUCGGGAAUUUGCCAGGACUGUCCAUGUGCAUUGGCCACAAGACCCAGUGGCACCUGUUUGGCAUGGGCAACGAGGUGGACGUCCACUCGGCGUACUUCCAUGGGCAGAUCCUGACAGAGAGGGGUCACCACAUGGACACCGUCAGCCUCUUCCCGGCAUCCUUCGUCAACGGGGAGAUGGAACCAGCCAAUCCGGGCCGCUGGCUGCUCAGCUGCCAGAUCAACGAUCACCUGUCCGCUGGGAUGCAAGCGUUAUUUGAUGUGAAAGAUUGUUUCCCAAGUGUUCAUAAGCCAAAACCACACGGCGAAGUCAGGAAUUAUUACAUUGCUGCUGAAGAAAUUUCCUGGGACUACGGGCCAUCACAGAUUAACCAGUUCACAGGAAACCCUUUGCAAUCUGACGAGGACUCAGAAACCUUCUUCAAGGUUGCCAAUGACAGGAUUGGAGGAAAGUACAAGAAAGCAGUGUAUUUUGAAUACACAGAUGAUACUUUUACCAAACGGAAGGAGAGAACACCUGAGGAAGAGCACCUUGGGAUUCUGGGUCCUGUGAUUAGGGCAGAAGUAGAGGACACCAUCACCGUGACGUUCAAGAAUAAAGCCUCCCGCCCUUACAGUAUGCAGCCACACGGGGUGCAGUACACCGUCGACCAGGACGGGACACCCUAUAACUCUGUUAUUGAAGAAACUUCUAGGUCAAAAAUACUACUCCAGAAGAUCAAAGGAACCUUUGGCCAACCAGUGACUCCACCGCCCGCUUCCCAGGUGCUUCCGGGCUCCUCCUACACCUACACGUGGGUCGUCCCAAGAGAAGGAGGACCUACAGCGGAUGAUCCAGACUGCACGACAAACCUCUACUUCUCUGCUGUGGACCCAGUUAGAGAUACUAGUUCUGGACUAGUGGGACCCCUGUUGAUCUGUAAACCCAGCACCCUAAAGGCAGGGAAACAGAAAAAUGCUAAGGAAUUGCACCUCCUGGCCACUGUGUUUGAUGAGAAUCUCAGCUGGUAUCUGGACGACAAUAUUAAGCAGUUUGCAAAGUCACCCACAAAAGUCAACAAGGAGGAUGAAGACUUUCAAGAGUCAAACAAGAUGCACUCAAUCAACGGAUACAUGUACGGCAACUUGCAAGGACUGAAAAUGUGCAAAGGAGAGACGGUCUCGUGGCACAUCUCUGGUUUGGGCUCUGAGGUUGACAUCCACGGCAUACACUUUGAUGGCAAUAGAGUGAUGUACCGUGGUACCAGAAGAGAUGUGGUCAAUGUGUUUCCUCACAUUUCCCACACAGUUAUAAUGAACGCAGACAGCAUAGGAACAUUUGGGCUGGCGUGCAAGACCAUCGAUCAUUACCUGGGGGGUAUGAGGGCCAAUUACACCGUGGAGAAAUGUCGCUGGUGGGACAGCAAGCCAGACCUCUACCUCCACCAUAAGACGUACUACAUCGCUGCCGUAGAAACGGAGUGGGACUACUCACCGAAUCGCACCUGGGAGUCCGAGAUGCAUGGUGACGCCAGCUCGGGAGACGUUUACCUGAAGAAAGGAGAUGCGUUCAUUGGAUCCAAGUAUAAGAAGGUCUUAUACAGAGAAUACACUGACAAGACUUUCACUCAACAGAAGCAAAGAGACGCAGAUGAGGAGCAUUUGGAAAUCUUAGGGCCGAUGAUUCAUGCUGAUGCUGGGGACAAAGUGAAGAUUGUCUUUAAAAACAUGGCAAGCAGGUCAUACUCUAUACAUGCUCACGGAGUUAAGACAGACGACGGAAAAAUCGAGCACACUCCACCGGGUGAGACAAACACGUACACCUGGUAUAUUCCCAAGACGGCCGGACCUGGCCCGGAAGAAGAAGACUGCCUUGUUGGGGCGUAUUUUUCGACAGUUGAUGUCAGCAAGGACCUAUACAGUGGUCUGAUUGGACCGCUCGUCAUAUGCAAACGCAGCAUACUGAGGAAACUGGGACUUAAAAAGGAGAUUGAGGAGUUCGCUCUGCUGUUCUUCGUCUUUGACGAGAACGAAUCCUGGUACCUGGAUGAAAACAUCAAAACAUACGCGGGAAAACCAGAGAAAGUCAAGAAAAAUGACGAGCAGUUCAUCAAGAGCAAUAAAAUGCAUGCGAUCAACGGCAGGCUUUAUGGCAACUUGCAAGGGCUGACGAUGCUGGAAGGAGAUCAGGUUUACUGGUACCUCCUGGGGAUGGGAAACGAGGUGGACAUGCACACCGUACACUUUCAUGGGCACAGCUUUGAGUACAAGCUGGGUGGCACUUACCGGAACGACGUCUACGAGCUCUUCCCCGCCACCUUCCAGACUGUGGCCAUGCAGCCCCUGUACCCCGGCACUUGGCUCCUGCACUGUCACGUCACAGACCAUAUCGUGGCCGGUAUGGAGACCACCUACACCGUGCUCCAGAAGGAGGAAUCCAAGGGAAUAAGAGGAUUUAUAAAAGGUUUGUUUCAAAAGAGUUAGAAGAAACGUGAGAAGAUUCUGCUUUUAAUAUCAUGUCAUUUUCUUUAAUUCCAUGCAAAGCACACUAAUAAAUCCUGUAAAUACU